CGCAGCCGGUGGAGCCCGACGUGCCAACGACAGAGGUACUUGCACUCACGCCCCCGCCAACACCGGGCAAACUCGCCUACAUGCUCUACGCGACCAACUCGAUUACUGCGUGCAGCGCACUCAUCAUGGCCGACAGCAUUCGGCGUCUCGGUACGCCGGCGUCUGUCGACGUCGCCGUCCUCGUUACGGGGUCGAUCUCCCAAAACAUCCACGACGCCCUCACUGCCGGCGGGCUCGUCGUCAUCCCCGUCGCAUCGUGGCGUCAGCCCAGUGCGCCCCACGACACUUGGGUCGAGUCGCUCACGAAGCUGCGCAUCUUUGAAGAGCACGGCUACGAUCGGGUCAUCUACCUCGACUCGGACGCGUGGCUCCAGCGCAAUUUGGACCAUUUAUUCUACCUCGGCGAGGCGGUGUUUUGGGCGCCACGAGCGUACUGGCUCGACCAGCCGUUCAUUGCGUCGACGCUGCUCGUGCUCACGCCCUCGAAUGCUCUCUUUCGCCGUCUCGAGAAGACGGUGGCCGAGAACCCGGGCAAGGAAAUGUACGACAUGGACGCGCUCAACGUAGCCUUCAAGAACGAGUACGGCAUGCUCCCGAGCCACUACGUAUGCCUCAACUCGGAGGUCAACAACAGGGACAAGAUGCUUGGCUUUGCCUCGGUUGACGAGCGCAUCAACAAGACGUACGUGCACCACUACUCGAUGAUGGACAACGGCGGGUAUGGCAAGCCGUGGCGCAUGAACCGGCACGCCAUGGUGCGCAGGCCCGAGUGGCACCCGCUCUUUUACACGCUCUUCGAGAUGUACUACGAGCGCCAAGACGCCUUGUGCCACUUUUAACAUAUAUCAAUCGACGAUGUUCACUAGCUA